UGUUUCAUCCCUCUCUAAGGAAUCUUUAUGAGCACGUGCAGCGUGGAUGUUCGUUGGUUUCCUUUCGACAUCCAGAAAUGUGAGAUGAAGUUUGGCUCGUGGACGUACGACGGUUGGCUGCUGAACCUUCAAAUGAUCGAUGCGGAUAUUUCAAGCUUCAUGCCCAAUGGAGAGUGGGACCUCAUUGGUGUCCCGGGCACCAGAAACGAGGCCUUCUAUGACUGCUGUAAAGAGCCUUACCCAGACGUGACGUUUGUUAUAACAAUACGACGCCGGACGCUCUACUACGCCCUGAACCUGCUCAUUCCAUGUGUGCUGCUUUCUUCUAUGACUCUGCUCAUCUUCGUGCUGCCCGCUGACUCUGGGGAGAAGAUCUCACUGGGUAUCACCGUGUUGCUGUCUCUCACUGUGUUCAUGUUGCUGGUGGCAGAGAUCAUGCCGGCCACAUCCGACUCCGUCCCUCUCAUAGGUCAGUACUUUGCCAGUAUAAUGAUCAUUGUUGGGAUGUCAGUUAUUGCUACAGUGGUGGUUCUGCAGUAUCAUCACCACGACCCAAAUGGAGGAAACAUGCCGAAAUGGGUGCAGCUUGUUUUACUGCAGUGGGUCGCGUGGUUCUUGCGUAUGAAGCGGCCAGGAGAGAAUAACGACCCGCAGCGGCCCCCGUGUGCACCCCAUCUGCGGCGUUGCUCCUCCGGCUCCCAGAGCGGCAGCAUCCCCAACCCUAUAGACCCCACCCUUCAUCCGCUUCACCCACAGAACCUGGCUCCUCUUCAGGCAGGGCCCCUGCACGCAGGACACCCUCACCUCCAGGUGCAGUCCAGUACUAACAACAAUGGGAACCUUCUCUACAUGGGCUUCCAGAGCAUGGAGGAGCCUUCAGUGCUCUCAGAGCCUGUCCAGAGGAAUAACAUCUCAGUGGGGCCUCCUCGUGGAGCAGGGAGUCCUCCUCCACACCUGCCAUCUCAGUUCUGCAGCUCUCCACCACCUCCUACCCCUAAUAUGGACACUGUAGGCUGCCCCAGCACUGUCUCCAGUGGCGGGGGCUUUGGAGGUGGUCCAGGAGGACUGGGAGGGUGUUCGACUGCAGGGAUAGGAGACCUGCAGCUACAGGCUAUUCUGGAAGAGGUGCGUUACAUGGCAGACCGCUUCCGAGAGCAGGAUGAGGCCGAGCGCGUGGCCGACCAGUGGAAAUUUGCAGGAGCUGUAAUCGAUCGUCUUUGUCUGGUAGCAUUCAGCGUUUUCAACAUCAUCUGCACCAUUUCCAUCCUCAUGUCUGCCCCUAAUUUUGUCGAAGCCGUUUCAAAGGACUUUGUUUGAUGGCAAAGCGGAAAAGGAAGAAAAAAAAGAAGAGGAGAAGUGAGCAGAAGUGGAUGAGGGGUAUUAAAGAUAAGAUGAUGGAUGAAGUGGGCAUGGAAACACGAUUUCCAGCAAACUGUGGGCUUCGUGAUUUGUGAUAGAAAAACAAAAACAGAAGUUUUUUUUUGCAAUGCAUUCUGUUUGGUAAGAGGAAUAUUAGAGGAAAGCAGAUGAGGAAGGGGGGGAUACAGAGCGACGUUAAAACGAGUUUUGGGUGAGCAGGUUGCUUUAUCAUAUUCUUGUCAAGGUGAGAUGGAUUAUGGUGAAUUCAGAGACUGUCCCCUAAAAUUAGGGGAAAGAUUAGUCCGAGAGGGGAAAGGGAGCGAAGAAAUCAGUCCAGUGCAAUCUCACGUAAGGCAGCUCUUAAAGCAAGGCUAGGAUUGCAAGAGAAAGAGAAGAGAAGCAGGCAAGUAGAUAGAGGGCAGAUAAAUAAGACAGUCAUUUGGCUGUUUCAUUUUCUCAAUGAGGGAAGCCAACCUUUCACUCCCACAUGAUGAGAGAGGACUGCAUCGUUUAAAAUGAUGCGAGGAGGAGAGCGUGUCGGGGGGGGAGGAGAGAGAAAAAGAGGCAUUUAUAAGGACAGACAACAAAGAGUGGUCCAUGAAGGAAUGAGACCACUCUUGGGCAGAGUAAGCAGUUUGAUGCACGGAUAUACAAAAGUGGACCAAGGAUCGAGAUCAGAAACGAACGGAAGAGGAUCUCAUCUAUUAUUCAAUCACAUCCAUCUAAUGACCGUCAGAUUGAAAGACCACGGAUACUCCUUAAGACUAAAAAUGCUUUUGAUGUCUCCUCUCCCUUCACGACUGCUUUAAAUUGCCAAGGCCUUAUCUCUUACGAGACGACUGCCAAUCUGCCAACAAUCAGUAGAGAUGAAAAGCUCCUCAGCCACAGUUUGCGGUGCUUAUUGUGACUGGGAAACUGAAUUCACUGGCUGUCAACAAUGCCGGGGCGAGUGACUGCACCAGAGUGAACGGAUAAUUACACUUAUUGUGGCUGACGUGAUCUUAACAGAUCUCAUUGUGUUUCGUGUGAGAGGUUUGAAAGCUCAGGUUUGGAGCGUCAGGUGUUUAAAAGACGACGAGAGGCACAAAUGAGUGAUGAUCUUUCAAAAAUGCUAAAAUAAAUGUGGUGAGAUAACAGAUUACUGUCUUUUACAGCUCCAAUACGUCACCACACUGUGUAUCCAUGGCCAUUAGUAUAUGAGGAAAAAAAGGGAUAGUUCUUAAAAAUGGGCUGCAUUAGAUUAGAUACAUAGAUAGAACAGGACGAUGAUGAUGAUGUUGAGUUUACACAGGACUGUUUUAAGCUGUGGGUUCAUUAACUUAACAGCCUAAUCUUGAAUGUUUUCAUCAACAUUUGUGUUUACAACGAGGAACUAUGUUUACUACACUCCUGACUCACAGACUGUCUGUGCUGGCUAAACUGUGUACACUCCUUCUGUCACUGUGAACUUUUGAAUCAAGGCUCGCAGCAGGUGCAACGCAAACUUCCUGUCACGGGCUGUUUUGCAGAGGGAUGUUCUCCUCUCCUCCCGGGCACUGUACGGAACAUUUCUCAUCUUGAAAAUAAAGGAUACUCCCUUUUUUUUCGA